AUGAUCCUCUGCGCAGGGCGUCCAAGAAUGUCGUCGGAGAACCAAAGCCUAGGAGCCACGGCUGCUGGCGCCCCUGGUCCUUGUUCUUGGUGCCCUUUCCACUUUCUGUCAGGGAAUACAUUUCCUCUGGUCUUCACAGAGACCGUUCGCCUGGAUGGAAUGAGCUUUGUUACUGAAACAGAGGUGACUCAAUCACCUGAAGUCCCGUUUGAUGAUGGAAUACGGGCGCUGGCGGCGUCAUUAUGGGCGGAACACCACAGUGAUGGCCCUCUUUCAGGUGAUGAUGAACUUAAGCCACUGGAGUUUGGGAACGACACUUCCUAG